AUGUGCAGAUUUUCUGAAGUGAUCCUUUCCCUUCUUCUAUUUGCAAUACUGGUUCAUGGCAAGCCACCGAAGAAUCUGUCCCGCAUGCGAAACAAGAAUGGAUUGAGAAACGACGCUUCUGUAAUUAGUAGUUAUUCAAUGACUAAUAAUGGACAGCAAAUCACAGUUUAUGAGGAUGGCUUAGAUGAUGAGAAAAAUGGUACUAUGGCUGAAGAUAGAGCUAUGGCGUAUGAAGAGACGACAGACAAUUCAGAUCCGGAUGAUCUUGAUGACAUUCUGGCUGAAGCUGAAUUUGAGUCAAUGGAGAUUCAGUCAACUACGCCAGUUCCAACUUCAACGCAUAAAAUAACGACAACUGCAGAGAUUGCGAGAGUGCGAAUGUCGGUGAAUGCUCCUAUCCUCCAACCACAAACAUCAGACACAGAAAUACUAGAGCACUUGUUGAGCAAAGGAUAUGAUUGGAGAGUAAGACCUCCUGGACAAGAUGGAACUUUACAUGGUGGACCAGUUGUGGUUUCAGUGAACAUGCUUAUAAGAAGUAUAUCAAAAAUAGACAAUGUAAAUAUGGAGUAUAGCGUUCAAUUGACAUUUAGGGAAAGUUGGAGAGACAUACGAUUACAAUACGAAAAAAACGAAUACGGAAAUAUGAAAGAUAAUGUUCCGGAUUUUCUCAUUCUGACUGCCGGACAGCAGAUUUGGAUGCCAGAUUCCUUUUUCCAGAAUGAGAAACAAGCUUACAAGCACAUGAUUGAUAAACCGAAUGUGCUUAUACGAGUUCAUAAGAAUGGAGAAAUUCUUUAUUCCGUUAGGAUUUCCCUAGUUCUUUCCUGUCCUAUGCAUUUACAAUUCUACCCGAUGGAUGUUCAGAAAUGUCUUAUAGAUUUAGCUUCCUAUGCUUAUACGACAAAAGACAUUGAAUAUGUGUGGAAAAGCGAAGAACCAGUGCAGCUUAAGAAAGGAUUGAGCUCAUCAUUACCUUCCUUCCAAUUAAGGAAUGUUUCGACAGGCUAUUGUACGAGUAACACAAACACAGGCGCUUAUUCUUGUUUGAGAACAACUCUUGAGCUUCGCCGACAGUUUAGUUACUAUCUGCUUCAACUAUACAUUCCAUCAUGUAUGUUGGUGAUUGUGUCUUGGGUAUCAUUCUGGAUUGAUAGAAAUGCUGUUCCAGCUCGUGUCACUUUAGGAGUUACAACACUUCUCACCAUGACAACCCAAUCAUCAGGUAUAAAUGCUAAACUUCCUCCUGUGGCCUACAUAAAAGCUAUCGAUGUGUGGAUUGGAGCCUGUAUGACAUUUAUUUUCGGGGCUCUACUGGAAUUUGCUUGGGUGACGUACAUUGCAAACAGAAUAGAUGGAGCCCGAAAGAAAGAGGCUGAGAAAAUGGCAUUACUGGCUAAGAAUCAAGCGGUUUGGGUUCCACGUGAUGUAGCUGAACAAGAACGAGAAGUGGAAAAAGCAUUGCAAACAGCAAACAACCGAAAGUACAGAAGAAAUGCGUUGACCAGAUGGAUUGAGAGGCACACAGAAUGGCAUGAUCCCCCGAAACGAGCAGAUUUGGUCUCAAGAGUUCUUUUUCCUCUGUCAUUUUUGUCCUUCAACAUUGCAUACUGGACACACUAUGCUCAAUAUGAACAAUACGAAUCUCGAAAUUAA